AUGGUCGAGGGUGAUAUUAGCGAGCGGGCCUUGCAUCAAACAGGUUCUACUCAAAAUGAAGCUUUCCGCGAUAAUACUGGCUGCCGUGGCGGGGUUGCUGCCGCGGUGGAAGACAGCUAUGACUACGUCAUUGUUGGCGGUGGCACCGCCGGUCUUGCUCUGGCCACCCGUCUUAGCCAGGGCCUUCCCGAUGCCUCCAUCCUCGUCAUCGAGGCGGGAUCAUCCGCCCUGGACGAGAUCCGCAUCAACGCCCCCGGCAUGCGCGGAUCCGCCCUCAACACCGUCUACGACUGGAACUUCACCACCGUGCCCCAGGAAGCCCUCGGAGGCCGCAGGGUCGACGUCAACCGCGGCCACGUCCUCGGCGGUUCCUCCGCCAUCAACUACCUCUGCUACGACCGCGCCUCCGAGGCCGAGUACGACUCCUGGACCGAGCUGGGGAACCCCGGCUGGGGCUGGGACGUCAUGUUGGACGCCAUGGUCAAGUCGGAAAACUUUACCGCGCCGUCGCUGGACAUCCACGGCGACGCGGGUCCCAUCCGCGGCACCUACGCGCGCAAGUUCCCCGAGGCCCUCCACUCGUGGCUGCCCACCCUCGAGAGCGUCGGCCUACCUCCCUCCGCGGGCGACAACCUCGAGGUCGUCACCGACACGCGCGUCCUCCACGUCGACUUCGCCGACAAGAAGUGCAAGGGCCAGCUCCACGCAACCGGCGUCACCCUCGACGACGGCACCAAGAUCAAGGCGAAGCGCGAGGUUAUCCUCUCCGCCGGUUCCAUCGGCAGCCCCGGCCUCUUGGAGAACUCGGGCAUCGGCCAGACCAAGGUGCUCGAGGCCGCCGGUGUCGAGACCCUCCUCGACCUGCCCGGCGUGGGCGAAAACUACCAGGACCACAUCCGCACCUCCAACGUGUACCGCCUCGUCGACGGCUUCGACUCGUUCGACGCCAUGAUUUACGACGCCGGGAGCGAGUUCGCCGCCGAGCAGGUCGGUCUCUGGCUCGCCGGCAUGCCCAGCUGGCUCGACUACACCACGUCGACCUACGCCUUUGCGGAUUGGUCCAGGGUCGUGGACGAUGCGGCUGCCGUAGCCGACCUGAUCGCGCUCGCCGAGGAGGCCGCCGGCCCGAACCCCCACGCCAUCGACCGCAAGAAGAUCCAGCUCCUCAAGGAUUCUUCCGUCCCUCAGCUCGAGCUCAUCUUCGAGAACAACUACCUCGGCGUCAAGCCUUACCCCGGCGGCAAGUUCAUCACCAUCUUCUCCACGGUGAUGCACCCCAUGUCCCGCGGAAACGUCCACAUCGACCCGACCGACCCCCACGGCAAGCCUCUUAUUGAUCCCCGCUACCUUUCCAACGAGCACGAUAUCCAAGCCAUCAUCGCCGGAGCCAAAUUUGCGCGCAAGGUCGCCAACGCGCUCCCCAUGGCCGAGACCUGGGACAAGGAGUUUGAGCCCGGUGAGGAGAUUCAGAGCGAGGAGGACUGGAGGAAUUUCGCAAAGGACGCCACUCUGAGCUUCUUCCACCCUACGAGUACUUGCUCCAUGCUUCCCCUCGAGGAGGGUGGCGUGGUGAGCGAGAAGCUCAUCGUCCACGGCACAUCCAACCUUCGAAUCGUGGAUGCUAGCAUCAUUCCCCUUGUUCUCUCCGCGCACACGCAAACCGCUGUGUACGGCAUCGCGGAGCUCGCGGCCGACUUCAUCAUUGCCGAGGCGUAA